CCAUGUCCGCGUGAAGACGCCUCCGCCGCCGCCGCCGCCCCCAUCCCAGCCUUGGCCAGGCCCGCCGUGCACCAUGGGCUCCAUCCUGAGCCGCCGCAUCGCGGGCGUGGAGGACAUCGACAUCCAGGCGAACUCGGCCUAUCGCUACCCUCCGAAAUCCGGAAAUUACUUUGCCUCCCACUUUUUCAUGGGAGGUGAGAAAUUCGACACCCCCCACCCUGAAGGUUACCUCUUUGGAGAGAACAUGGAUCUGAACUUCCUGGGCAAUCGCCCAGUCCAGUUUCCUUACGUCACCCCUGCCCCCCAUGAGCCCGUGAAGACACUGAGGAGCCUGGUGAACAUCCGCAAAGACUCCCUCCGGCUCGUGAGAUACAAGGACGGUGCUGACAGCCCCACUGAGGACAGUGAGAAGCCCCGAGUCCUCUACAGCCUGGAGUUCACCUUCGAUGCCGACGCCCGGGUGGCCAUCACCAUCUACUGCCAGGCAGUGGAGGAGUUCCUGAAUGGGACGGCUGCGUACACCCCCAAGAGCCCGGCCCUGCAGUCCGAGACUGUCCACUACAAGCGGGGGGUGAGCCAGCAGUUCUCCCUGCCCUCCUUCAAGAUAGACUUCUCGGAGUGGAAGGAUGAUGAGCUGAACUUUGACCUGGACCGGGGCAUGUUUCCAGUGGUCAUCCAGGCCGUGGUGGACGAGGGGGAUGUUGUGGAAGUGACUGGCCACGCCCACGUGCUCUUGGCCGCCUUUGAGAAGCACGUCGACGGCAGCUUCUCUGUGAAGCCUUUAAAGCAGAAGCAAAUCGUGGACCGGGUCAGCUAUCUGCUGCAGGAGAUCUACGGCAUUGAGAACAAGAACAACCAGGAGACGAAGCCCUCAGAUGAGGAGAACAGCGACAACAGCAACGAGUGUGUGGUGUGCCUGUCGGACCUACGGGACACGCUGAUCCUGCCCUGCCGCCACCUGUGCCUCUGCAACUCGUGCGCCGACACGCUGCGCUACCAGGCCAGCAACUGCCCCAUCUGCCGGCUGCCUUUCCGGGCCCUUCUGCAGAUCCGGGCAGUGAGGAAGAAGCCAGGAGCCCUGUCCCCCAUCUCCUUCAGCCCUGUUUUGGCCCAGAGCAUGGACCACGAUGAACAUUCUUGUCCCUUUAAAAAAUCAAAGUCGCACCCUGCCUCACUGGCCAGCAAGAAACCUAAAAGGGAAACAAGCUCCGACAGCAUCCCGCCUGGCUACGAGCCCAUCUCCCUGCUCGAGGCACUCAAUGGCCUUCGGGCCGCCUCCCCAGCCAUCCCCUCGGCCCCUCUUUAUGAAGAGAUCACCUAUUCGGGCGUCUCAGACGGCCUGUCCCAGGCGAGUUGUCCACUUGCUGGGAUCGAUCGGAUCAUGGAAAGCAGCCUCCAGAAGGGCAAGCUGAGGAGCAAAUCCCCCGACAGCACCCUGCGGUCCCCGUCGUCCCCGAUCCAUGAAGAGGAUGACUCGGAGGCCCCGCCCCCGCCGAGCGGGGCAGGGAUGGCGCUGAGCAGCUCCCCCGAGAGCUUCAUAACGGAGGAGGCUGACGAGACUUCAUCACUAAAGCAAGGGAGCCGAGUGCCGUCUAUCGAGAACGUCCUGCAGGACGGCAGCCCUGAGCCCUGCAGCCGAGGCCAGCCCAGCGCAGCUGCAGACAUCUACCUGCCAGACACGGUUACCUGCCCUAGAAUCUGGCUUCCCCUUGCCAGCUGCGGCUGCCCCACCUGAGCCCUGAGCCCUGGCAGAGGGCCAUGGUAGGGGAGAGCCUCUCUCUUUGGGUCCUUACUUCCCACAUCUGACAGAACACCACCGACGACCCAACGUGAAUGAGUUUCUGGUGGUUCCUGCCAACCCUCGCCUGCUCUCUGCCCCUCUCCUCAGCCCUGGUCAGGGCACAGAACUU